CUUCAGUGCCUUACAACACAAUCCAUGCAACUCACCACUGAAAAGAUAGACAAAAAUAUCUAACAAAAAAUUAAAACUUUUGCAACAACCAUGGUUGCAAUGGCAGCAGCAACAGCAUCUUCCCAGUUGAUUUUCUCAAAGCCUUGUUUCUCCUCACGCCUCUGCCCCUUCCAACUCUGUGUCUUUGACACCAAAACAGUUAUUUCAAAUAGCAGCAGGAGAAAGCAUGUGGGUGGCUCUGGUGUUAGAUGCAUGGCUGUGGGGGAAGCAAAAGCAACCACUGAGACAAAGAAGAGAAGUGGAUAUGAGCUUCAAACUCUAACUAGCUGGUUGCUGAAGCAGGAGCAAGCAGGGGUUAUUGAUGCUGAGCUCACUAUUGUUCUGUCUAGCAUUUCCAUGGCAUGCAAACAGAUUGCUUCUUUGGUGCAGAGAGCUAGCAUUUCCAAUCUCACUGGGAUUCAAGGAGCUGUGAAUAUUCAAGGGGAAGAUCAGAAAAAACUUGAUGUUGUCUCCAAUGAGGUGUUCUCAAACUGCUUGAGGUCAAGUGGAAGAACAGGAAUAAUAGCAUCAGAGGAAGAGGAUGUGCCAGUUGCAGUUGAAGAGAGUUAUUCUGGGAACUACAUUGUAGUAUUUGACCCACUUGAUGGGUCAUCCAAUAUUGAUGCUGCAGUAUCAACUGGGUCCAUUUUUGGGAUUUACAGCCCCAAUGAUGAGUGUCUUGCGGAUGUUGGUGAUGACCCCACACUUGACACAGAAGAACAAAGGUGCAUUGUGAAUGUGUGCCAACCAGGAAGCAACCUUCUUGCAGCUGGUUACUGCAUGUACUCUAGCUCAGUAAUCUUUGUUCUCACAGUUGGAAAAGGAGUGUUUGUAUUCUCAUUAGACCCCAUGUAUGGCGAGUUCGUUUUGACUCAAGAAAAUCUCCAGAUACCAAAAGCAGGGAAAAUCUAUUCUUUCAAUGAAGGGAAUUAUCUGUUGUGGGAUGAUAAGUUAAAGAAAUACAUUGAUAAUCUCAAGGAGCCAGGUCCUAGUGGGAAGCCUUAUUCUGCAAGGUACAUUGGUAGUUUGGUAGGAGACUUCCACAGGACAAUUCUAUAUGGUGGGAUUUAUGGGUACCCUAGGGACAAGAAAAGCAAGAAUGGGAAGCUUAGGCUUUUGUAUGAAUGUGCUCCUAUGAGCUUCAUUGUAGAACAGGCUGGUGGAAAAGGUUCAGAUGGACAUCAGAGAAUACUUGACAUUCAACCAACAGAAAUUCAUCAACGUGUUCCUCUCUACAUUGGAAGCGUAGAGGAGGUGGAGAAAGUGGAAAAGUUCCUGGCUUAAAUGAAAUGUAAAUGCAAGGAAAGCUAAUUUGUUUAUCAAGUUUAUGGUCAAUGGAACUUUUUACAGUCAAGCGGUUUUAAGAAUUCAUUUUUUGUUUUUUUCUCCUAUAUUUUGUGCAAAGAAAAAGAUAAAAAAAGCAAAAAUCAUUCCAAGGGUUCUCUUAUUUCUACAGCACAUAUUACCAAGCCUUCAUUGCGUCUAGUAUUGAUGUAUCAAAUGAGAUGUAAUGCCUC